AUGAUUGUUCCUUGUCCACUUGUGCACGUGCUCGGAGACUUGGAUGAUGAAUGGUGCAGAUUUUUAUUUUGCAAAGAUAGUAGAAGAAAAUAUAUUGGCCGAGUGAGGUGCGCAACUGCAGUUCCUGGAACUAGAGAGAGGAUGGAGAUGGAGAGGAAAGAGAGGGUAAGAAAAGCUGAGGCGUUGGUUGAGAAAGCAAUGAAAGGGAAUGAUGCUUCUCACGAUGCAGUGCAUGUUUGGAGGGUUCGUGACCUUGCUCUCUCCCUUGCCUCUGAGGAAGGCCUCUCUUCUGAUCCACACUCCAUGGAAAUCAUACUUGAAAUGGACUUGGAACCUGAUGUUCAGGAUUUCAUGAAUUUUGUAGAAUAUUGUAACAUUUUUUGUAAUUCUCUCAAGUUGUAG